AUGGCUGAUAAAAGAAUAAUCGGCUUGGCCCCGACUGGUUCCUUUGAUACUUUUACUUUUGGUUCUGCUACUUCAUUUGCCUCUUUGAAUGAUUUGUCGAGGAGUUUGGGGGCGGCAUCUUCUCUUCCGGCGGCCACGGAAGACGAUACUACCAAAUUUCCCUGUUCUCAGGACAACAAUGUCUUCAAUGCUAACCGAACAAGGACUGCAUCGGUUUCACUGCAACAGCUCAAAAAGCCCUUGGCGUGGUACGACCAGGUACAUCCUAUACCGUAUCCUAGUUCACCUUCCAACAUCUUCAAGCAAGAGCCGCUGGAUGAUGAAUGGAGGUGUGAUGAGGAGGCAGAAGGGGAAUCAGAAGACGAAAACGACAACGACGAAGAUGACGAACAAGGUAAUGGAGAAGACGAAGAAGACGCACCCGUGGACAGCAUAGAGUCCGAUGAACGAGAGAAGAAGAGACGCAAACGUAACAAACCCACCUUGAGCUGCAGAGAAUGCGUGGGAAAGAAGAUGAGAUGUGAUCGAGGUCGACCACACUGUCUCUCAUGUAUCCGAAGAGGAACCGAGUGCAUUUACAGGAUCAAAGCUGAUACACAUGAGGAAUCGCUUCGUAAACCUACCACUCGUCGAAAGUAUCAACCGAGAGUGUCGAAGCAACAGCCGCAGCCACAACAAGCACAGCCGCAGCAGCAGCAGCGAAAACAAAGCUCCAGUGACUACGAUGACUCCCCGACAUCCUCGGCCGGGUCCAAACCCGCCUUGUUCACCUCCCAAGACGGCAGCGAUCUUCUACUCAGCAAUCCCCCAUACUCUGACAUAGGUUCUGCCACUACCACGAUAUUUGGAAUUAGCUCAGAUUACCCAUUUAGCAAUUACUGGACCCAGAACGGAGGCGUAGCUGAGGUGUUGAAAGUCUUUCCCAAAAAGGAGCAAGCAGAUAUACUUGUGAGCGUCUUCUUCAACGCCGUCGAUCCAGUCUACCCCUUAAUAAGCCGGGAAAGAUUCUACAUCGACUACGAAGGUUUCUGGGAACUAGAUGACAACCAAAAGCCGCAUGUGGACACAGACUUUCUUGCCCUAGCCUUCAUGGUCCUUGCAAUGGGCACCCAAUUCCUACAAACUCCCGGUGCGCCGGGCCAGCUUCAGGGCGCCGCCGAUUUCUAUUCUAGUGCCUGCUACCAAAGCAUGAGACUAUACUCAUACCUGAAUAGAACAUCGGUACGUUGCCUCCAGGCUAUGGUCUUUAUGACCUAUUUCCUCAUGAACUCCGGCCGAGCAUCGGAUGGCUGGGCCUUUUCGGGGACGCUGGUCAGACAAGCAACCGCUUACGGAAUCAACCGCGAGCCAACGCUGUUUGGUGCCAAGUUCAAUGCGUUUCAAAUCCUGGAACGAAGAAGGCUAUGGCACGGUAUUGUAUGUCAGGACAGCUUUAUGAGUAUGAGUCUUGGGCUACCGCCUGUCACAAUGUAUGGCGACGUGGGAGUUGCGACGCCGCAACGGGACGACGACGACUCAUCGUACAGUAUUGCUGAAGCGGGUGGCAAUGAACAUGCCAACGAGGACUUUUCCAACGAGAUCGGCCAUUUUGAUACGGGGUAUGUGCAAAGCAUGUAUAACCUUGCAUUGCUUGCGCGCGACACCCUAGUACAAGCCCGCUCUUUAUCAACGCCUAUAGCACCCAAUAGACGUCAGAGGGACAAACUCAUGGAAGCGUUCCGCGCUACCUAUCGCACUUUUCCAGACGAAUUUCGUGCCUGGGACGCAACCUCAAUUGCCACCUUGGCUGGGCAGGGGCGCAAGCGGCUUGUCCGACAGAUCAUGUUCCUCACGGGAUUGUACUGGCAUUGUGUGACGCUAAUUCAAUGCGAGGGACUGGAAGAAAGCGAAGUGCAAGAGAAGCAAUGGGUGAAAGCGAUGAGAAAGUUCAAAGGUCCAAGCAACGUUGAGAAGUAUACAAAGGGUACACUGGACGCGGCGUGCGAGUCGAUACGAGCGUUUUUCGUGAUUCAUGAUGUCCUUGGUGGGGAGAGUAGUGUUUGGUGGUCUUUUUGUCAUCGAGCCUUUGCAACUUCGAUCAUGGUGGCACACCUACUCAAGAAACGUGAUACCGCCAGAGGACGACGGGAUAGUAUCGAUGCAAACUCGAUCAAAGUUUCAAGUCAUAAUAGGCGGAGUUUCUCUCUUGAUCCGCUUUGGGAACGGGCUCGAAUUGAUUUGGAGCGUAUGCUUGAAAUUCUCAUGGUUCCGGCAAAUGCUGGUGAUCAGACUGCCAAAACUCGAGUGGAGGUUUUGAGUAGUUACUUACGAUGA